AAAUAAAAUUCAAUGGUCAAACAAGAAAAAGCAAAGGCACUAACUAAUUGAUGUUAUGCGCCGAUGAAGAUGUCACACAGAUCUAAGAGAAUAUAACGAUGAAAAAGUAUGUAGGCAGGAGAUAUGAUUCACUGGCGUGUCAUACAAUAGCCCUUAAAGGCCAAAGGGUGAGAAAAAGUCCUUCACAUUUCUAAUGAUAGCUACACAAAUGUUACUCUAAUCGGAAAAGGAAGGAUUCCUAUUCCUUGUGAGAAUGCUGACUCUUGGAAGUGGAGCUCUAUGCAUGCAUGAUCUCCCUCUAUUUAAACACACACUAAUCAAAGGUUCCUUUUAAGAUAAAUCCAAGUGUUUUCAGUAAUUAUGUGGAGGAACUUGAUGGAUAGAGACCCUUUGGUUGUUGGUGGGGUGAUCGGUGAUGUUUUGGAUCCAUUCAUCAAGUCGGCUUCCUUGAGGGUGAUUUAUAAUAACAAGGAGCUCACUAAUGGGUCCGAGCUCCGCCCAUCUGCUAUAGUUAAUGAGCCAAGGGUGGAGAUAGGGGGCUAUGACAUGAGGAAGCUUUAUACUCUUGUAAGUAGUAGUAGUAGUAGUCGGUGCAUGGUUUUGUGUUUCAUUCAUGAUGCGGGAUUACUAAACAUAUGUGAUGUGAAUCUUUGGUGCAAGGUUAUGAUAGAUCCCGAUGCACCGAGUCCUAGCAAUCCAACACACAGAGAGUAUCUGCAUUGGUUGGUGACAGAUAUACCGGAAUCAACAAAUGCGAGGUUUGGAAAUGAAAUAGUCAGCUACGAGAACCCACGGCCAACAGCAGGGAUUCAUCGCAUUGUGUUUGUGCUCUUCCAACAAGAUGUUCGGCAAACAAUUUAUGCACCUGGAUGGCGACAGAACUUCAACAAAAGAGACUUUGCAGCACUUUACAACCUGGGGCUACCUGUUGCCGCAAUGUUCUUCAAUUGCCAGAGGGAGAAUAGUUGUGGCGGUAGAAGGUAA